AAAUGGCAGCUUAUGUCAAUCUCCUUCUUUCAGUUCAUGAACUUCAUCUCCAAUGGAAACCCAUUACUUUCUCCUCUUUCUCUCUCUCAUUCUCUUGUUUUUGCCCAAACCCGGAUCCGGAUUUGGAUCCUCUGGCCCAAUCGCGGCGUCUUUCGGCGGCUCUGCUUUCUUCUGCGCCAUUGAUGCUAGUGGUCGUCAAGAUGUUAUCUGCUGGGGAAAAAACUAUUCAUCUCCAUCUUCUCCGUCUUCCUCUUCUUCAUCGUCUCUUGCUUCUUCCACUUCCGGAAGCUACAACAUUCCGUCGAUGGCGGUUCUUUCAGGUGGAGACGGGUUUCUCUGCGGCAUUUUGUCGAACACUUCUCAAGCAUUCUGUUUUAGUUCACUUGGGUCUUCUUCAGGUAUGGAUCUUGUCCCUCUAGCUUACAGGACUACUGCUUACUCUCAGAUUGCUGCUGGACAAAGCCAUGUCUGUGCUGUUAGAGGAGUUUACUAUUCGGAUCACGAUUCUGGGACUGUUGAUUGUUGGGAGAUAGCAAGAGCUACGAAUAACAACAGCUUAAUCGCGAAAGAGAAUCCAAACUUCUAUGAUCAGAUUGUUAGUAAUCUCGUCUUCAACAAUAUCGUUUCUGGUGAUGGGUUUAGCUGUGGUGGAAUCAGAGAUGGUGGAUUGCUCUGUUUUGGUCCCAAUUCUUCUAAUUUAGGGUUUAACACAACUUCUGAUAACUUCCAAGUCUUAGCCGCCGGAAAAAACUCCGUUUGUGCGAUUCUAAACUCAUCCCGGGAGGUUAAGUGUUGGGGAGAAGUUGAAUCUUUUGUUGAUUCUCCGAUGAAUGGUUCUCGAUUCGUCUCGCUAACCGCGGGUCCUCGCCAUUUCUGCGGAAUUCGGGAGGAUAAUCAUGAGGUUGAAUGUUGGGGAAAGUCUAAUUUCUCUUUGAUUCCAAAAGGUUCUGGAUUUAAGGCAAUUGCUUCCUCUGAUUUCAUUAUUUGUGGUAUUAGAGAAGAGGAUCUUGUUCUUGAUUGCUGGAUGGUUAACGGUUCGUCCACAUUAGCUUACGAUCCUCCGUUAGAGCUCUGCAGUCCAGGGAUGUGUAGAGCUGGUCCUUGUAAUGAAAAAGAGUUUGCUUUCAACGCAAGUAUCCUCAAUGAACCUGACCUAACGAGUUUGUGUGUAAGGAAAGAGUUAAUGGUCUGUUCACCUUGCGGCUCGGAUUGCUCUCACGGAUUCUUCUUGUCAAGUUCGUGCACCGAGAACUCUGAUCGGAUAUGUACGCCUUGCUCGCUCUGUCAAAACAGUUCUUGUUCAGACAUAUGUAAGCUUCAUAACAGCAAUUUUCCAGAUAAGCAUUGGCAUCAACUACAGAGACUUGUUCUCAUAAUCGGAUCUUGCGCAUCCGCUCUAUUAAUCAUCAUAAUUGGUUGCUGUGUCGUGCCAAGGAUUUUCACUAGUCCUAAUAAAGAAGACGGUGCAGCGAAUCAAUUCAAAUCUUGCAUAGGAAAGCCCGAUUUAGACACUGAGCCACUUGAAAAUGUCUCCCCUGCUCCAUCGGUAACGCCUUUUGCUCAAGUGUUUAGACUCUCUGAGCUUAAAGACGCGACCAACGGGUUUAAAGAGUUCAACGAGUUAGGCAGAGGAAGCUAUGGGUUUGUCUACAAAGCCGUGUUGGCAGACGGGAGGCAAGUAGCGGUUAAGAGAGCAAACGCAGCAACCAUAAUCCACACAAACACUAGAGAAUUCGAGACAGAAUUGGAGAUUCUCUGCAACAUUAGGCAUUGCAACAUUGUGAAUCUCCUCGGUUACUCGACAGAAAUGGGAGAGAGGCUUCUUGUUUACGAGUACAUGCCUCACGGUACGCUUCACGAUCAUCUGCACGGCGGGUUUUCGCCGUUGAGCUGGAGCUUAAGGAUCAAAAUCGCUAUGCAAACCGCAAAGGGUCUUGAGUAUCUACACAAUGAAGCUGAGCCUAGAAUCGUUCAUGGCGAUGUGAAGUCUUCGAAUGUACUAUUGGACUCGGAAUGGGUGGCGAGAGUUGCGGAUUUCGGGCUCGUGACAUCGUCAAACGAGAAGAAGUUGGACAUCAAAAGAGAUGUUUAUGACUUUGGAGUUGUGUUGUUAGAGAUUUUAACCGGAAGGAAACGUUAUGAUAGGGACUGUGAUCCGCCGGAGAUUGCUGAAUGGGCAGUUCCGGUGAUCAGAGAAGGCAGAGCGGCGGCGAUUGUGGAUAAGUAUAUUGCGUUGCCGAGAAACGUGGAGCCGUUGUUGAAACUUGCUGACGUAGCGGAGUUGUGUGUACGGGAGGAUCCGAAUCAACGACCAACGAUGUCGGAACUUGCGAAUUGGUUGGAACAGGUCGCAAGAGAUGCAUUGAUCUUCUAGCUUUUUCUAAUUUUCUUAAUGAGUGUUAUUAUUCUUUUAUUUAUGAAUUCUGGUGAAAUUGUACAAUCAAAGAUACAUUGAAGA